GGAGGAAGCGAGUAACCAGGCAGUAGGCUACCCGCGCUCCUCCACACAACACCCACCAUCCCCGGACACCCACAAAAUGUUAUUGUUUCAGCGACGCGUGGUGAUGCUGGCAACAGUGGUGGCGCUGGUGGCAGGUCUGCCCGCCGACCUGGACACGCUGUCGGCGGUGGCGUCCUCGACCAGGGCCCCGACGGCGACCCCCCUCCUCGAGAAGGAACUGGAGCACAUGCACAUCACAGUAUCCCAACCUCGUGACGGUGAAUACGGCGUGGACGUGUACCAGGAGAGUGCCGACGACCUCAGCCGCCUCCCGACCACCAUGCUGACGCUGCCUCCGGGCUGGCACCUCCCUGGGAAGGAGGACUCUAGGGUAGUGCAUGCUGAGCUCCUUUCUUCCGGCGAUGUGGUCGUCGUCGUCUUCAGCCUUGAGAAUGGACUCGAUGUCGUCCUUCUUAACAAGGAGCUCUUCCUACCCAACAGCUCCACCUCUCCGUUGCAAGCCAUCGUGUUUCCUGAAGUAUCUGUUCCGUGGCACCCGACCCUCUCUACGCCUGCAGAUAAGUGGCCAUGGACGUCAUCGGAUGUGGAGGAAAUAACGCCGUCUUCGGUACAGUUCCCGAAACCCGAGAAGGUGGUGGGGCCCGUGUAUUAGCGCGUAAUUACCGACGUGCUCCAGUCACAAGCCUGAGGACCUAUUUAUGAUGGCAAAUAUUAUGCGUCUACAGCCUGGAGUCCGCGUGACACAGAGCCUUGACCCUUAUACCGUGGAGCAGUUGAUGGUAUGUUCCAUUCGGUCAGUCAGAUUACAACCACACCACAGAGCCCACUGCCUCGCCAUGGGCUUCCCUCUGGGUACGCAUCACAGGCUUCCAGAUAUACGAUACCUGCCACACAUUCCGUACCAUGUACCCACCAUCUCACUGGAGAUGGUUACACUGACAAAUAAAGACAUGUGUUCGGCACAUUUCUUCAUUUUCAUACUGAGAGUCUGUCUGUCUGCCUGUCUAACACGUUACUCGGAAUAUAUGCUUCAGUAAACAUACUACAACAUAAUUCAGUUCAUCAUGAAUAAUUUCUCAAGCAACAUUUGUUAUUUCGUAGUACUUGUGCGAGAAAUACUGUCUAUUAUUGUAUGAUAUGACUCUGAGGAAAAUACAUAUAUUGAAGCUGUAUACGUGUGUUAGUCUAAAUACACAUAUAUAUACUUGAUAUUUGUGUAUGUGUACGGGAUUCACAUACGGGAUUUAUUCAAAACUAUUGAAUAUAUAGUUUUAGCUCAUGUUAAUUAUGGAAUCAAUUUAUGAGAUCUUCAAAUCUACGGAACAGUUUUUGUUCCAUAGUUUUAAUGACAUUUUAAACCAGUAUGGAAUAAGUUUGUCUGUUACCUUCUCACUUAUUUAUAGAAUAAAUUUGUUUGGCACCA